AUGAGGGACCCUAAGGAGCCAUCCGGCUCAUGCAUACCACAUGGGUCUGGGCCAUGGUCUCCCGUCCAAGUAUACUUAGAAGUUUCAGGUUCUUCCAACGACGAGGCUAUCACCAAUAAUUCAGAUCUCGCUCACAUGGGUGGAGAUCCCCUUGUCUAUUUCCUAACCCCAGAACCGCCAUCCUAUGGUAUUGAAGAAAGCGGUAUUAGUGAUUUAGGCGAUAUGGACUUCCUCAUGGAGUUUGACGCUGGUAUUGAGGACGCAGCACACCCAAGACCUGUGGUACGCAGCGUGAGCCCAUCCAACUUGGAGGGGUUCAGCCGACCUCCGGGUUUAACCACACCGCCCAAGUCACCGACGAUGCCAGAUUUGGACUACGAUACAACUGCUACACCAGACGAGCACGACCUUCUAAGCACGCCGCCGUCCAGUUUCUCGCGCCGGCUCCAAGGCCCUGUGCUGGGACAGACGCAAGGUGACCGACCGGAUGAUGGUCGUUCAUGGGAAGGAAGCCAAAUGUUGACACCACCUUCAUCCACUCUCCUAGAUGGCAUUCCUUGCAUUGGCUUGUCUUCAACAGCAUCAACAUCCAACCGUGGUCGUGCUCUUAGAAGAAACUUACAUCCUCGACGACGCUCACCGCACGCAUGGCGCGAGCCGAGCCCCGACGUUUGGGCCAUCGAAGAGGAGACGGAAGAAGAGUUGGUGAGUGAUAGCCAGAUGGCUAUAAUUACCGGCCAGAAGAUGAGCGAGGAAGUAGCAGGGAUAGAUGUGGGCCAAAUCGGAAAGCCAAAACCGACAAUGAAGGAAAGGAAGUAA